CGGCCCGGAACUAGUGCUGACUGGGUACAUGUGAGUGGCGGCAUGGCGGCUCACCGUUCUGGGCCGCUGAAGCAGCAGAAUAAAGCUCAUAAGGGCGGGCGCCAUCGGGGUCGGGGAUCCGCGCAGCGGGACGGCAAGGGUCGUCUAGCGCUGAAAACCCUAAGCAAGAAGGUGAGGAAAGAGCUCAGCAAAGUAGACCAGAGGCAUCGCGCGAGCCAACUCCGAAAGCAGAAGAAGGAGGCGGUUCUGGCAGAGAAGAGACAGCUGGGCUGCAAGGAUGGUCCUCCUCAUCAGGUACUGGUGGUGCCCCUGCAUGACAGGAUUUCCCUGCCAGAGGCCUUUCGGUUGCUUCAGAAUAAGGACACCGGAACAGUACACUUGAAUGAAUGGGGAAGCACCCAUAGCUUUAUGCUUUUAUGCCCCCGCUUGAAACAUCGGUGGUUUUUCACAUCUGCAAGGCCAGGAGAUCUGCACACUGUUUUAGACAUGGCCAAAGUCGCGGAUACCAUCCUUUUCCUCCUUGAUCCACUAGAAGGCUGGGACAGCACUGGGGAUUACUGCCUUUCCUGCCUCUUUGCUCAGGGCCUUCCCACGUAUGCACUAGCUGUCCAGGGUGUUUCUGGCCUCCCACCAAGGAAACAAAUAGAUGGCAGAAGGAAGCUAACUAAAACAGUAGAGAAGCGUUUUCCUGAUGACAAACUUCUCCUGUUAGACACUCAACAGGAGGCAGAUAUGCUGCUCCGGCAGUUGGCUAACCAAAAGCAACGGCAUCUUGCCUUUCGAGAUAGACGGGCAUACCUGUUUGCUCAUGCUGCUGACUUUUUGCCGAGUGAAGAAAAUAACUUGGUGGGCACUUUGAAAAUCUCAGGCUAUGUUCGUGGGCAGGCUCUGAAUGUAAAUAGCUUGUUGCAUAUCAUUGGACAGGGUGAUUUCCAGAUGAAACAGAUAGAUGCCCCUAUGGACCCUUUCCCUUUAAAUCCUAGAGUGAUCAAAUCCCAAAAGGACCCAAGCAUGGCAAUGGAGAUUUGCACUCCAGAUGCGGUAGCUGAUAUGGAGGAAGACCUUAAGGUCCUAAUGAAGGCAGACCCUGAUAAACAAGAGUCUUUGCAAACAGAGGUUAUCCCAGAUCCAAUGGAGGGAGAGCAGACCUGGCCCACAGAGGAGGAACUGAGUGAGGCAAAUGACUUCUUGAAGAAAAGUCCCAGGUUGGUAAAGAAAGUUCCCAAAGGGACAUCCAGUUACCAAGCUGAAUGGAUUUUGGAUGAGGAUGGUAGUGGUGGGGAAGAUGAAUCUGAUGAUAUGGAACAUGAGGAUUUUAUUGAAGAGGAAUCUCAGGAUGAGGGCAGUGAAAAGGAAGAGGAGGAGGAAUAUGAAACUAUGACUGUGGGAGAGUCUGUGCGUGAUGAUCUAUAUGAUGAGAAUGUGAAUGAUGAGGCUGAGGAAAAAAUGUUGGAGAAAUAUAAACAAGAAAGACUGCAAGAGAUGUUUCCAGAUGAAGUAGAUACUCCCCGUGAUGUGGCUGCAAGAAUUCGAUUUCAGAAAUACAGAGGCCUCAAGAGCUUCCGGACAUCUCCAUGGGAUCCUAAGGAAAACCUUCCUCAAGAUUAUGCUCGGAUCUUUCAGUUUCAGAACUUCUCUAAUACUAGGAAACGCAUUUUUAAAGAAAUUGAGGAAAAAGAGGUUGAAGGAGCUGAGGUUGGCUGGUAUGUCACACUUCAUGUCUCUAAAGUCCCUGUCUCAGUGUAUGAGUACUUUAAGCGAGGAGCACCCUUGAUUGCAUUUUCUUUACUACCUCAUGAACAGAAGAUGUCAGUACUGAAUAUGGUGGUGAGCCGGCACUCUGGCCACACUGAACCUGUGAAAGCCAAAGAGGAGCUGAUCUUCCACUGUGGGUUCAGGCGCUUCCGAGCCUCACCUUUAUUCUCUCAGCACACUGCAGCGGAUAAACAUAAAUUUCAGAGAUUCCUGACUGCUGAUGUGGCCUUGGUGGUGACAGUGUAUGGCCCAAUCACGUUUCCUCCUGCAUCUGUGCUGCUUUUCAAACAGAAUAGCAACGGAAUGCACAGCCUCAUUGCCACAGGCUAUCUAUUGUCAGUGGAUCCAGACAGAAUGGUCAUCAAGAGAGUUGUUUUGAGCGGUCAUCCUUUCAAAAUUUUUACUAAGAUGGCAGUAGUGCGUUACAUGUUCUUCAACAGAGAGGAUGUGUUAUGGUUUAAACCAGUGGAACUGAGAACAAAGUGGGGCCGCAGGGGACACAUCAAGGAACCUUUGGGUACUCAUGGCCACAUGAAGUGCAGUUUUGAUGGGAAGUUAAAAUCUCAGGACACAGUACUGAUGAACCUCUAUAAACGAGUUUUCCCCAAGUGGACUUAUGAUCCAUAUGUACCAGAACCAGUACCGUGGAUGAAAAAGGAGAUUUCUUUAGCAGUGCCUGAAAUGGACAUGGAGUAAUGGAUUCAUUGGGUUUCUGUCUCAUUGUUACUAGUGAACACUCCAGGAAUGGGAACCUACAGGCUGUAAUUAGGCAAAGUUUGUGUUUUCUACUUUAGCCUAGAGGUCUACUGCCUUUUUGCAAAAGGUUUUUCUUGGCCUUGACAAGGUAUCUCAGUAAACUAUGGAUAUUUUA